AUGCAAUGGAAGUCGCUGGUCCUGGGGCUGCUGCUGCUGCGGCUCGGCCUCCACGGCGCUCUCUGGCUCGCCUUCGGCCUGGGCCCCAGUAUGGGUUUCUAUCAGCGCUUCCCCAUCAGCUUCGGCUUGCAGAACCUGAAGGGCAUUGAGGGCCGCGCCGCCUCCUCCGCGCCGCCCUACUGGCUGGGGGCGUCGGGGGUCGGUGGCCCGCAGCCAUCGCGGAGGACACCAGCGGAGCGGUCGUCUCGGCCUGGGAAGGGCCCGGAGCCGCCGGCGCCGGGCAUGUGCCCUAAAUCGUAUUGGGCGUCUCUGCUGGGAGGCUGGGCCCCGGGCGGAGGGGGCGACGAGUAUGAGCGGCGAUACAGCGGCGCCUUUCCGCCCCAGCUACGGGCUCAGAUGCGCGAUUUGGCCCGGGGCAUGUUCGCCUUCGGCUAUGACAACUACAUGGCACAUGCCUUUCCGGAGGACGAACUCAACCCCAUCCACUGCCGGGGCCGGGGGCCGGAUCGCGGGAACCCUUCGAACGUGAACAUCAAUGAUGUUCUAGGAAACUAUUCUUUAACUCUGGUUGAUGCCUUGGAUACACUUGCAAUAAUGGGAAAUUCAUCAGAGUUCCAGAAGGCAGUGAAAUUAGUGAUCAACACAGUUUCAUUUGACAAAGACUCCACAGUCCAAGUCUUUGAGGCUACAAUCAGGGUCCUUGGAAGUCUCCUUUCUGCCCACAGAAUAAUAACUGACUCUGAACAGCCCUUUGGUGACAUGACAAUUAAGGAUUAUGAUAAUGAAUUGCUGCAUAUGGCCCGAGAUCUGGCAUUGAGAUUGCUCCCUGCCUUUGAAAAUACAAAAACUGGAAUUCCGUAUCCUCGGGUGAAUCUCAAGAGUGGUGUCCCCCCUGACAGCAAUAAUGAGACUUGUACUGCUGGAGCUGGCUCCUUGCUGGUGGAGUUUGGGAUUCUUAGCCGACUGCUGGGGGAUUCAACAUUUGAGUGGGUGGCGAGGCGAGCUGUGAAGGCCCUUUGGAAUCUUCGAAGCAAUUACACUGGGCUCUUAGGGAAUGUUGUAAACAUCCAAACAGGCACCUGGGUUGGAAGGCAGAGUGGUCUUGGAGCUGGAUUAGAUUCCUUCUAUGAAUACCUCUUGAAAUCUUACAUUCUCUUUGGAGAAGAUGAUGACCUGGAGAUGUUUAAUGCUGCCUAUCGGAGUAUUCAGACCUUUUUAAGAAGAGGCCGGAGAGCUUGUAAUGAAGGUGAAGGAGACCCUCCGUUAUAUGUGAAUGUGAACAUGUUCAGUGGGCAAAUGAUGAAUACCUGGAUUGAUUCUCUGCAAGCUUUUUUCCCGGGAUUGCAGAUAUUAAUAGGGGAUGUGGAAAAUGCCAUCUGCCUUCAUGCCUUUUAUUAUGCCAUUUGGAAGCGAUUUGGUGCCCUCCCAGAACGAUACAACUGGCAGCUCCAGGUGCCUGAAACUCCCUUUUACCCUCUGAGGCCAGAGCUGGUGGAAUCCACCUAUCUCCUUUACCAGGCAACCAAGAAUCCCUUUUAUCUCCAUGUAGGAAUGGAUAUUCUUCAGAGCCUGGAAAAGCAUACAAAAGUCAAAUGUGGUUAUGCUACAUUACAUCAUGUCAUAGAGAAAUCAAAAGAGGACCGGAUGGAAAGUUUCUUUCUGAGUGAGACCUGUAAAUACUUGUAUUUGUUGUUUGAUGAAGAGAAUCCAGUGCAUCAGUCUGGAAAUGGAUACAUGUUUACUACUGAAGGACAUAUCAUAUCUGUGGAUAAACAUCUUCGGAAUUCUCCCUGGAAGAAAUCCCUUUCAGAAGAAGAGGUGGGAGAACACCAAGAAGAAAAACAUAUGUCCAGGCCCAAACCUUUGGAGCUAAAAGUCAACACCUCGGGCCUAAAUUGCAAUCGUAUUCCUGAUGAGAGAAGGUACUCUUUACCCCUCAAGAGCAUCUACAUGAGACAGAUUGAUCAGAUGGUUGGCCUGAUUUGAGUUAUUACAUUGCAUGGUGAUCUUCAAAAAACAAAUGCAGAAUUCUAACUGAAGUGGAAGAAGGACUACAAAAGUCUGGCUGUGAAUAUAAUGGCGGCAGAUCUGGCCUGCAACAUA